AUGGCCGCCACGAAUGGCCAUACUGUUCCCAAGAUGACCUACAAACAUCCCUUGGACCAAUUGAGCGCCGAUGAGGUCAACGUUGCUCGACAAGCCGUCCUUGAUGCCCGCAAGGCCGCCAUCAUCUUUCGCAACAUCUUCACUGUUGAGCCACCGAAAGCCCAGCUAAUCAAGUUCCUCGCCGCUGAGCAUGCUGGAACCCUCUGCUCCGACACUCCCCGACCUCCCCGCCAGGCUCGUGUCCAGUAUGACGUCGUCUUUGAGGACCGAAGGCAUGAGUACAUGGAAUCAGUCGUCGAUAUUGCCUCAGGCAAGGAAGUCGAGCACAGGCGGGUGCCUUCGACUUCCCAACAGUCUCUGACAAUGGAUGAAUUUAAGGAGUUCAGUGAUGUGUGUGUGGAAUCAGAGAUGUUCAAGAAAGCCAUCAAAGAGCUCAAUCUUGACGAGAAGUUCGAGGUCGCUAUUGACCCAUGGCCUUACGGCGGUCCAGAUGCCGGAGAGGUCACCCCGAGGUACACUCAAGGUCUAUGCUUCGCCAAGCUACGAAAUGGCAAUCCCGAUAGCAAUCAUUACGGGUUCCCUCUACCCAUCAUUCCAGUGAUGGAUACCUACAAGAAGGAAAUUGUUCGUAUCGACCGUCUUGCCACUGGUGGCACCGAAGAUGGCCUCAACUAUGGCACAGCCGGCAAAAACAUACUCGAACAUUGUAGACCGGCUGAAUAUGUCCCGGAGUUGCUGGAUACCCCUCUUCGCAAUGAUCUGAAACCGUUGAAUGUGAUACAGCCAGAUGGGCCAUCAUUCACUGUCAGUGAUGACUCCCUAAUCGAAUGGCAAAAAUGGAGGUUCCGUGUUGGAUUCACUCCUCGCGAGUGCGCCGUUCUUCACGAUAUCCACUACGACGGCCGAAGCGUGCUCUACCGCUUGAGUUUGUCCGAGAUGACUGUUCCGUAUGGUGACCCUCGACCACCAUUCCAACGGAAGCAGGCUUUCGACUUUGGCGACGCUGGUGCAGGCAGAGCUGCGAAUAAUCUUGCGCUUGGCUGCGACUGUCUGGGCGUCAUCAAGUAUGUCGAUGCAAUGCUGGUUGACACGCAAGGCAAACCCUCAGUGUCAAAGAACGUGGUGUGUAUCCAUGAGCAAGAUAAUGGAAUCGGUUGGAAACACACCAAUUUCAGAACCAGCCGAGCGGUGGUGACGAGAUUGAGAGAAUUGGUCGUUCAAUUCAUCAUCACACUGGCAAACUACGAGUACAUCUUUGCCUACAAGUUUGAUCAAGCUGGAGGCAUCACGAUCGAGACUCGAGCCACCGGAAUCGUCUCGGUGGUCAACAUCGACCCCGGAAAGGUUAGCCCUUAUGGGAACGUCGUGUCCCCUGGUGCCCUUGCCCAAAACCAUCAACAUAUCUUUGCCGUUCGAAUCGACCCGGCCAUCGAUGGCCAUUCCAAUACUAUUCUCACGGAAGAAUCCCUGCCUAUUCCUAUGAACCCCAAGACGAACCCCCACGGCAACGGGUACGAGAUUGUGCGCAAACCGGUCACCAAAUCGACAUCCAUACACGCCUCUCCUUUCACCAAUCUGACCAUCAAAAUGACCAACCCGAGUAAGGUCAAUCCGGUCUCCCAACGACCAGUCGCAUACAAGUUCAUCCCUACCCCAUCCCAAUUGAUCCUCGCCGACCCAGAAUCCAUUGUGGCCAAGCGCGCAGCCUACGCCCAUCACCACGUGUGGGUCACCAAAUAUCGAGACAAUGAGCUUUUUGCUGCCGGAGAGUUCACGAAUCAGUCGCAGCUGGAAGUGGGUGGCGUGGCGGACAUGGCAGCGCGCAACGACGACGUGGAGAAUGACGACGUGGUGGUCUGGAACGUCUUUGGCCUUACCCACAACCCCCGCGUGGAGGAUUGGCCCGUGAUGCCUGUGGAAAUCCACCAGGUCCAUCUGCGCCCAGCAGACUUCUUCGAGAGGAACCCUGCCAUCGACGUACCCGGCAACAAGAACAUCGCCAGCGUCGAGGUUGGAAGAGAAGCGAACGGUGAUUGCUGUCACGCGAACGGGAAUGGAUCAGUGCAGGCUGCUCCGACUUCACAUCUGCAAGGUACUGGAAGCAUUCCUGUCUCGGCCGUUAAUGGACAUUAG